CUUCUCCCCUUCCCCCUCUUCUCCCAAUUCCAAGGGAAUGAAUGUCAUGAAUACGCUCUUGAUCUGUCAAUAAAAAAUCCCGAACCCUGAUCAGCUUCGCGCACGACCUCCAUACGCUGGCCCGUCAUGGGGGAUUUCCCGGGAACGGGCGAGGCGGAAACUGCGCCGGAAACGUCCCAAACAGCGCAGCUGCUGCCAUCGUCGCCUGACCAGCUCAACCAUCACCCUCACCCUGCAUCGCCGACCGGCCGGACUCCCACCCAACUCAAGCGAUCUUCCCUCCCACCUCGCCCCCAUGGUGCUGCCAGACACGCUAAGCGACUCACCCUCAACUUUCCCAUCAACAUCCCCUCCGGACCUGAAGCUUACGACCCGAGUCUUGCGUCUCCCGGAUCGAUGACGCCCGUGACACGGACCUCCGCUCAUCAUUCGCCCGCCCCCCAUCUCGGAACCCCGCUGGCGUUUGAGGAAAAGGAUGACGGCUCGGGUCUGCUGACCGCAAUCGCCUCUCAGGAGAGAAAAGUGCUGGAGCUUCGGGAAGAGCUGAACCGGGCCGAGACGGAGCUGGACUCUUUGAAAAAGCAGUGGGCGUCGACCGAGAAGACAAAGAAACGCACGGAGAUCAGCCAUCGUGCCGAGCCGUUGGUCUCCCUGCGAUCCCCUGACGAGCCCACUUUCCCACAUCGCCGAGACCACAGUGUGAGCAGUGCAGGCAGCUCGUCGGCGGCCCAGGUCCGCCUCAGCCGGGAGCUGGAGCGGCGGCAGAGCCUCCGCGCGGCCGCGACCAAGGGCACCAACGUUUCUGCCAACGGCCGGCGGGUUUUCCGAGGUUCCCACACUCGGGCCCUGUCCUUGCUUUCCCCAACGACGGGAUCUGGGGAGAGCAAGACGGGGUCAGAGUCGGAGGCUGGCAGUCAACGGAUCGGUCGGUCCCCGCGGUCGGCGACAUUACCCUCUUCUGUCGAACGCAAUGCCAUUGCGGGUGGCGUGAGCUCGAAACCUGCAGAUGACGUGAUUUCGCAGUGGCGGAACACCAUGCCGCCCCCGUCGCGCGAUGCCCUCGUGCGGACCGGCAAGCAGAUGGCAUCGGAUUUGAAGGAAGGACUCUGGACGUUCUUGGAGGACAUUCGACAAGCUACGGUGGGAGAAGAGGGAAUCAGUGCAACCGAGUCGCGGGGUGUGCCGCCGGUGCGCCAGCGGGUAUCGUCCAGUUCGACAUCGCGCAGUCGGGAUCGGUUGUCGGUCUACGGAGGGGCUACGCUGUCGCGGUCCUCCUCGGGGAGCAAGGGGUCUGGGGGCAAACAUUCUGGUAAAGACUCUAAAUCGGCGGAUAUCGAUUCGUCGUUCUGGAGUGAAUUCGGCAUUGAUCCACCUGGGCAGAAGUCCCCUCGCGCUCGCGGAGCCGCCACUACCCCAAGCGGGCCGAACGAACCCCGAUGGGGCGACCACAGUAACCCCCCGGACGUUGAAGACAACUGGGAGUGGGAGUCUCCGAAGCCGAAGAAGACGCACACGCCGUCGUCCAGUCGCAGCACACUGGAGACGAAGCAUGACCAGUCGCCGAUGACGCAGAACAGCAGUCCCCGCACCAGCGCCAGCUUUGGCGACUGGCGCCCGCUGCACGAUACCAGCAUUCCGGAUCCCAGCGUUUCCGACGGGAUUCCCUGGCCGGCGAUGACCAAACUGGCGCCGUCGAAGUUGACCCGCACGGCGUCGAACCUGAUGGCGGAGUGGGAGCGCAGUCUGAGUCCCUCGCCGGAGAGGAGGGAAAUCUUCCCCGACAAGGACGACAAGCGGGAUUGAUUCCGGCACAUUGUAAAUACAGCACAUGAGGCUUGCGCCCUGGAUCUUGAAUCGAACGGUAGACGAUGGGCUGCAGCCAUCGGACAUGAAGCCAGUACGGAUUUACGCAGGGUUAUGAUUGUUGAUCGCAAUACCCUUUACGAUGAGCGUUUAUUACAUUCUUUCACUCGUUGACUUAUUUUGGCUUUGAUGGCUUUGGAUAUACGGCCGUGACUGUUGUCUGUUAGAUAUAGCUGAUACAAAUGGAUUGACAACUAUACCGUAUGA